AUGAUGAAUCCAGUCUUUACCAACGCAGCUGGUAUGGACAAAAAUGUACUUCAACGGUAUUUAGCAUUGCCACAACCCGAUGGUAAAUCAAUGGUAACCUACGUAUGGAUUGAUGGAACAGGCGAGAAUCUUCGAGCUAAAACCCGUACAUGUGAUAAAGAGCCGAAAUCACCGGAUGAUGUAUCGUGGUGGAACUUUGAUGGCUCAUCAACUGGUCAAGCUGAGGGAUCAAAUUCAGAAGUUUAUCUAAAGCCAAUUGCCUUGUUCAAUGAUCCAUUUACACUAGGGCAAAAUAAAGUCGUUCUUUGCGAAACAUACAACUUUGAUAUGAAACCAACUGUAACGAAUCAUCGAGCAAAAUGUAUUGAGGCAAUGUUAGCUGCAAAAGAUCAACAUCCAAUAUUUGGCCUUGAACAAGAAUAUACACUAAUGGAUCGAGAUGGAUGGCCAUUUGGAUGGCCUAAAGGAGGGUAUCCUCAACCACAAGGUCCUUUCUAUUGUGGUAUUGGUGCAUGUUUAGCAUUAGGUCGUGAUUUAGUCGAAUCACAUUAUAAGGCAUGUCUAUAUGCUGGAGUCAAUAUUCGAGGAACCAAUGCUGAAGUUAUGCCAGCGCAAUGGGAAUAUCAAGUUGGCCCAUCCGAAGGUAUUGACGCUGCCGAUCAACUCUGGAUGUCACGAUAUUUAUUACAACGCAUAGCUGAAGAAUUUGGUACUCAAGUUAGUUUUCAUCCAAAACCCAUUGCUGGAGAUUGGAAUGGUGCUGGAUGUCAUACAAAUUUCUCCACACUUGUUAUGCGCGAACCAAACGGCAUCAACGCAAUUCAUACAGCUAUAGAACGACUUAAAGCACGCCAUCACACUCAUAUCAGUCUAUGUGCUGGUGUUGCAAAUCGAGGUGCUUCUAUUCGAAUUCCUCGACAAGUUGAUGAAGAAAAAUGUGGCUAUUUUGAAGAUCGUCGACCAGCAUCGAAUUGUGAUCCAUAUGCUGUAACUAGCAUAAUUGUGCGUACGGUAUGUCUUGGUGAACAAGAUUGA